CUCCAGUUGGUACUCCCAUCAGAUGGUCGUGUGUUUCAUAACGUAAACUAUUUGUGAGAAUGUCGUCCAUACUCUCGUCAUUCCAGCGCCGCCAUCGAGCCAUCACUGAUUUCAAUAAUUCAAACAGGAAAGUCUUGAAACCUCGACCUCCAGACAAGGGAAGUUUUCCUCUGGACCAUGAUGGAGAAUGCAGGGCAGCAAUGGUUGCAUUCAUGGAUUGCAUGAAAACAAAUAACUUUGAUAGUCACAAAUGUAGAAAUCUGUCAAAAGCGUACUUGCAGUGUAGGAUGGAUAACGAACUUAUGGCAAACGAAGAGUUUCCUAGACUGGGGUUCCACAGUGGUCAUUCUGAUGACACGCAGUGAUAAU